AUGGGAGUAGCGAAAAAUAUAAAGGACGAACAGAUGAUGCACGUCACAGAAAUGAAAAUGUUGAGAUGGUCCGGCGGUGUCACAAGAUUGGAUAAAAUUAAAAAUAAGUACAUACGAGGGUCCUUCAAAGUCGCGGAUAUCCGAGACAAGAUGAGAGAGAGCAGACUACGGUGGUUUGGCCAUGUGCAACGCCGUGACCCUGAACACAUGACCCAGAAAGUAAUGUUUAUGACCACGGUAAACCAACAAAAAAUAGGAAGAGGCCGUCCACCGACUAACUGGACUUCGACCAUCAAAAAAGACCUAAUGACGAAGGGCCUGACGCCUGAAGCUGCAAAGGACAGAACAAUGUGGAGAAAGAGUGGGUUGUGCCGACCCCAAAUAAAUGGGAUAAGGCAAGGGAGAUGA